AUGUACUUCGCCGAGACGAACGCAACAUUCGCUGCAGUAGAAUCUGCAGCAAAACUCGCUCCUCGAGGUCUUUCUUUUGGAGCCACAGUCGGCUGGAUAUUAGCCUUGGGGUUCCUCGGAAUGGGCAUUGAAGGGUAUAUCCCACCGGCGCCCAAGGAACCUGGCACUAGCGUCAGAAUCGGCCUCGGCACAAUAAGGGAAGAAGGCAGUGCUGGCGGGAACCUGCCCGGUGUUGCUGCGUGGGAUGUAUAUGGUAAACGACUGGGCGAGGCUUGGGGAGGGAAAAAAAUAAUUUCAAACGGAAGCCCCGUUGAUAUCCUGGCAGUGCACUACAAGGGCCUCGGCGGCGCCCUAGGGCAGUACGUCGCAGUCACCAAUGGCGGAAACGACGCGAUUUGCAUUGCUUUCAUGGUGGUCAAGUGGCUGGAGGACAAUUUUGCCUGGAUCGGGGAUGCUGGAAAGGAGUGCAACGCCGACUGGUACUAUUCCGAGACGAUCAUCAGGAACAGUCCCACGGGGCAGUCGUUUAAGCCGGUGUGCAUCUGGAUUGACCGCGAUCGGUCUCUGGGCCUCCGAUUUCAGGGUUUCGGAAUGCAUAUCAUCGAUUUUGACGUCCGGGAAAUCGGGCGGCAGCGACAGUACACCAAAUAUCCCGAAACGAUGUGCAGUAGGCCGAGAUUCCACAUGUAUAAAGAUAUGAAAACCGAGGACGACAUCUAUGUCUUUGAUCCUCCUCUGGAGUAUCUGCCUGACGGCACCGACAAAGAUAUUCGGAAAGUCCUGGUGGGAGGGAAGCUGGCCGGUACGUUACGGAAGCCCUGGAGAAAACGCGACAACUAUCACAUUAUGCCACGGGCCGUUCCGAUUACGCCACGCGAGCAAAAACUUCGCUCGAAAUUCCUGAGGGACGUUCUGAUAGUGAGCGGUUGGCCAGCGCACAAAGCGGUGCAGCUGUGCAAGAGCCAGACGUCGGCGGGGCCGGACCUGGUAUCCCUGAGCGACGGUUUAUUCUGUGAUAUGGAGAGUAAGGAGGUCUGGCCGCUGUGUAAGAACGGGACGAUGACGAAGCAUGCUUGCUUUGACGUUGAUACGCGGAGGAUGAAGGGAGGAAGAAUCGGCGCUCGAGACCGGCUCUCUGGGCGAGCGAUCCCGGCCAAGGCGUAUGCAACAGUCAGAAACUGGGGUAGCUGA